GCCUCGCGCCUCUUUGAAAAUGCGACGGAAUCAUCACUGUCCUGUUCAUCUCCGAGCAUUGAACUCCCUGUGAUUCCCAGAGUGUUUCUCGGUGAUGAACCAAUUUGUGAUGACUAGUCCGGUUGAAUCCAUUCUUAUAGAAUCGUGACGACAAAGAGGCAUUUGUCUGGGAGAAACUCAUUUUAUUAAAGCGGGACAAAAGGAAGCUGUACAAGAGUUGGGUUUUUUUUCUUGGGGUUGAUGUCGGCGGAAGAGAAUGAUUCCGAUGCUCCAGAGGAGCUCACGGCCGAGCAGGCUUUUCACCGGGACGAGGAGAUAAGGAAAAUCCAGGAAGACAAUAAGGCCAGAGUUACUCGUGAAGGAAAAGCACGCCGAAGACUAUGGGCUCAGAGGAAAACACCUCGACCUUCUAAAAGGCCUAUAGAUGGCCAAGAAAUUACAGAGAAUGGAACUGAGGAGGAUGGCAAUGAAUCUUUGGAAAGGAGGGGAAUGCUCCCAAAUGAAAUUGUCACCCUGCUUGCAGCACGUGAGAAGCAAGUUUUCUUGUCAGACUCGGAGGAUGAAAGGGCUGAAAGCAAGCCAAUUUCACAAAAGAAGAAAGUUAAAAGAUCAGGGUCAGGACCUAUUAUUUUAAAGGAGAUACCACCUCCUCAGUGCAUACAGAGUUCCUUGGAGUUCUUGAAGAAAAGGAAGAUGCAGGUUUCAAGGUCAUCUUCCAUUUUGAACAACCCAAAUCAAGCCUUACGAUUUCUUUCUAAUUCGGGUGUGUUGAGUAAGAAAUGAAAUUCUCUCCAGUUUUGUUUUCUUGUUGGAAUAGAACUACGGAGUACUCAUGAGUUUAUAGGUUAUUGGAAGUUACCCUUUCUUCACGAGGGCAUUGCAGAGAGAUUUGAUGGGAUGUGCUGUGUCAUAUUUGUUCCUUGACCGUCCUUCUUCUUCUCUUUCCAAUUAGUAAAUGUUGUAGUUGUUUAA